UUCGGGAGAGAGGGCGGGUGAACUACAUCCCCCAGGGCGCCCCGGGCAGCGGGGCGGGGCGUUACCCUCUCGCUGGGCACGGCGGGGCGGAAGCGGUGCGGCGGGGCCGGGCCGGGGGUGCGAGGCGGCGAUGGGCGAUUGCUUUUUGGGAACUGGUGGUGGUGAAGAAACGGAAUGAAUGGAACAGUUAGGGCAGAUAGGAAGUUUGUAUUUCAUGCCCUCCGCUUGCCACAAGACACAAGCGACACUGUGUCUCUGAAGUGACCUGGAAGCAUUGGAGAGGUGUGCCCUGAGGGACUCUGAAGACCUCUGAAGCAAGGGCGCAAUGAUGGAUAACCGUUUUGCUACAGCGCUCGUAAUUGCUUGUGUUCUCAGCCUCAUCUCCACCAUCUAUAUGGCAGCUUCCAUUGGCACUGACUUUUGGUACGAAUACCACACCCUGUCCCCAGCUGAGAAUGUCAGUGAAGCUGGUAGGAGCAUCUGGGAUGAAUUUGUCAGCGAAGAGGCAGAUGAGAAGACCUACACAGAUGCGCUCUUCCGGUGCAACGGCACGGUUGGAUUGUGGCGGAGGUGUAUCACUAUACCCAAAAACUCUCACUGGUACAGCCCACCAGAAACUGAUAUGACUACAAACUGCAUCAGUUUUUCCCUCUCUGAUCAGUUUAUGGAAAAGUACAUAGAGCCUGGAAAUCACAAUAGUGGCACAGACUUGAAUCGAACUUAUCUCUGGCGAUUGCAGUUUCUCCUGCCCUUUGUCAGCCUUGGCCUCAUGUGCUUUGGGGCUCUGAUUGGGCUCUGUGCUUGUGCCUGUCGCAGCCUUUACCCUGCCAUUGCCACUGGAGUCCUCCAUUUCCUAGCAGGGCUUUGUACGCUGGGCCUGGUUGGCUGCUAUGUAGCUGGGAUUGAGCUGCUCCAUAAGAAGCUGCCCCUGCCUGAUGAUGUGAGGGGUGAAUUCGGCUGGUCCUUCUGCCUAGCCUGUGUCUCGGCACCUUUGCAGUUUAUGGCAGCUGCUCUUUUCAUCUGGGCGGCUCGCACCAACAGAAAGGAAUUCACUCUCUUGAAAGCGUACCGUGUAGCCUAAGUGCUGCUACCGAAGUAUUUGGUUUCCAUGUUAUGGCCUCUUCUCCCCCAACCCUUAGUACUUUCUUCUUUUAGUCAGAAUUUUACCUUGUACUGCAUGCUUCUUGCAAGUUGAGACAAUUUAGCCUGCGGGCCCUGAAGACAAAGACCUCUGGGCUAAAUGGCCAAACUGUGCCAGAAGUCUGCAGAACUUGAACAUUGUUUUUAAAUUUUUUUUUAAGAGUUAUUAUUAUUUUUUAAGCUUCAUUUGGUUGUUGAAUAUCCCCUUGAUUAGGUGUACAUGCCCCUUCCUAAUUUUAUUACCCUGUCAGCCUGGAGGAAGUAGGAGUGGUAUUGUGGGGUGGGAAGAGAGAGAGGAAAAGAAUAAGUGCAGGUAGGCAAGAAUGGGAACCACAGUGCACAAAUAAUAAAUAAUCAGGAGCUGUCUGCUGUACUGUCUGCAGUAGCUAUGGAUAGCACCCAAGAGACAUGGGGGAACUCAGAAACCCUUGUUGUGGAAGUACUGUAGCUAAAUCAGUCCUGUAUCUUUGCUUUGGGUCUCUUAUUCUCACUAGUUUGCUACUUUUUGUGGCUUCUGGCAAAACUGAUGCAGGCAGAGCAGCCGGCUGUGGGGGUGCCUGCACAGCACACCAUCCUGAGGUAGAGUCUGCGCUCGUGUUUGCCGAGGAGUGGGAUAAGUUAGCCCCCAAGGAGCUCUGUGCUGCUCUUAGCUACACUGGUUCCAGGACCCAGGCUAGUUUCGUAUCUGCACUGCAUGUGAUUGUGCACUCCGAUCUUAACUUGUGGUGCUUUUGCUUGCUGUGAAAUAAGGCUUCCCUCUCUCUUGUGUUGAAAAUGACCCUUCCCAAGUUUUUCGGUUUUAAUUUGAUUUUGUGUAUGUGUGUAUAUGUACAUAUAUAAACUUAACUUUUUUUAAAGCUCACCUAUUUAUCCUAUAUAGCACACAACAGGGUUUUUUUUAAAAGGUGCUGCUCUUUUACCAUCUUGCCCCUAACCUAUUGUUUAAAUGAAAUAAUAAAAAAAAGCUCAGAAAUUUUCAGUGUUGUGUGAAUCUGAUGGGACAGUGAGGGAAUGGUCUGAAGUGAAUUUUACUUGGGGAAGGAAAAGGUGGUGUCUAGAUCGUUCUGUUUCCAGGGGAACGUCACCAGAAACAAAGAUGUUUGUUUUAAUUGAAUUCUUGGGCUCCUACUAACUUUAAAUUUUCUCCUGCUCAUCAUUGGGUAGGUGCAACACCCCGUAAUUUCUAAUUAGUUCUCAGCUGCUGCACAUAUUUCUUCUAAAUCACUGCAAUUCUAGCCAGACUGACUGAUAUGUUUUAUCUAGAAAACAAUGUUCCAAGACUAAAUUGUUUAAUUCUGAGGCCUUAACUCUCCUUAUUUCCUUACUCCAUGCUUAAUGGAAGAAAUAUGUCUUAGAAAAAACAAAUCCUGACAAAAUGAUUAAGUCUCUGAUGGCAAGGGUUCUGUGAGAUACUGUUGUUGAGAAUGACACAGAAAUAUCCUUUUUUUUUUUUUUUUUUUUUUAUCUCACAUCUGGUUUUUCAUUUUGUUUUGUGCUUCUUUCCCACCCACCCCCCCCGUGUAGGUACUUCUACCCAGGCUGGCUUUGCUGGGUCAGCAAACAGCCCUAGUCACUAGUUCCUUGAAGAUCAGGGUUAUCUGCUAAUAUCGUUUCUUUAUUGUUUUUACCAUGUGUGUGAUAGGGAUCAACCUACUCCUUUUAUCAUCAUUGGAGUCUUUACAAAAUGAAACAAGAAUGAUGAUUAAAGCCAGGAUGACUGAAAAAGCAGUGGUAGUUCAAGACAAUCCUCUUUCUCUUGCUGAUGAAUAAUUUUUCACCUUCCUCCUAAGACAGCUUCUUUUCCCUCUCUGCAAUGUCUGGGCCAAUUCUAACCCUGUGAGAGGGAAUGUGGUACUUCUGUGCAGUAUCUGAGAGUAAAUGAAAGUCCGUGCUGCUGAUACGUAGUGAUAUGGUGCUUUUUCAUUAGUUAUCUCUGACUUGGGUAGAUAAGGCCUAACUGCUCAGCUUGUCUGGUUCCUCGUUUGUCAGAAAUAUUAGGGCACGCAAGCUUCAGCUCAGGUCAAAAGGACUGGAAGGCGCUAUUGUCCACUGUGAGAGGAAACACUGCUGGUUAUUUUAUCUACUACGGUUUGGGUGUGUUUUUCUUUUUUUCAGGAGCUGGCAGAAUAAUCAUGUGAUUUUAAUUUGAGCAAUGGGAAUCCUCUGCGCUUGGUCUCUCCUCUUGUAUGAGCACCUAUUUUUCUGAAGUGUGAAUCUCACUUUUUAAACAUUAACAUUCUUGCUUCCAAAAGAAUGAUUGUUACGGAGAGAAAAUGGAAUGUUAGAAGAAGUGCUGUCAGUCCUUUCUCAACCAUAUUAAGUAUCAGCAAAACCGAGAUCGCCUGCUUUUGUCUGUGUCUUAGAUAAACGCUGCUGGCUUUCUCUUCCCUGAAGUGAAGAAAACGGGCUUUAUUUGACCCUUGAUUUGGAACAUUUGCCUAAAAUGAGGGUCACCUUUCAGGGUUUUGAGGUUUUUUGCCUUUGCUCAUCUUGUAAAGAUUUCUUCAUGAGGAUGUAUUUCAGUGAGAAGCAGAUUUCAUACAGAAAGGGCUAGCCCUCUCUGUUGUCUGGGGUGAUGGAUGUGCAUGUAGCUAUUUUGCUUUGUAACUGUGUGCUUUACUCAGGGUGUCAAGGAGCAGGAAGAGUUCUUGGACUGCUGGCUGGGGUCUGCUAAAUGGCAUUGCAGGCAGACAGAAAAACAGAGUAGACACUGAGGAUGGAGUAAUUCUAUAAAAGAGAGAUGAUUAAGCACACUAACAGAUGAUGAGACAGAUCUUGACCCCGGAGUGUGUGGUACAGGCCCUUCACACCAGGAGAUCCUCGUGCCACAUUCAGAUGUCAGCUGCAUUCAAGAGAAGCUCGAGGCCUGUAUGUAUGUUUGUGGUCACAUACAUAUAUGCAAAUGCAGACACCCUUGCUCAAAAAAGUGAAGAGUGCUCCAAGUCUGGAAGAAAAUGGUGAGAUUAAAUGCUGAUUGGUGUUCCUCGAUAUUUUGUGGUCUGACCAUGGGACAUGUUUACUGAUACUGGUUCAGUGUUGGAGACAGGGAUGUACAGAGAUGGAAGAAAGGGCUGUCCUUGUGUGUCUGUGUGCACAGGGGAAAUGGCACCCAUCUCUAAUACUGUUGCAUGGGCCAGUGAAAGUGAAGAGAAGACAUAUCAAAGGAAAAAGAGAAGGAGGAGAAAUCCUGUCAGACUGAGCGUAAGAACCAAGGACUUUCGACAGUGCAUGGAGGAAAACUCACAGGACUUCAGUGUGAACUCCCCAUGUGGUACUGUGUCGCCAGCACGGCAAAGGCCAGACACUGCUCCUCCACUACCAGUGCCUUCCUGCCCACCCGUGGCACCGUCACAGUGGUGGCACAAGCAAGUGGGUGAACUCUCCUCUUGUGCUUAUGAGAAACCCUUACGGGUUCAGUCCCCCAAAUCUGAGGUGUGCAAGCUGCAUUUGUCCUUCAAACAUGCCUCUUUGAUGAUGUUUCUUCUUCACAGGCUUGGGCUUGUUUCCCUGCCAACCUAGUGAAACCGCUGGGAAAGCAGGACUAGCAGAAAGCUGCACAGAGCAGUGAAGUGUUUAGUCCAAGUAGCAGCCUCUUUGUAUUUUUUCCUCAGUGACAUUUCCCCCUGUCCUCUCCCCCUGCUCCAAAUAGCUGUGAGAAGGGGCUGGCCAAUGAAGCCUCAAAGAGGGGGUUUAUUAUGGUGGUUGUAAAGACGACUCCCACUGGUGUGAGAGGAGAGAUCACUGAAAACUGCAGAAUAGUCAAUCCAUUUCCUUACCUUAAUAAAAAAUCAGUAGAGGGCAAACACCAAAAAAUUGCUUUGUUGCGUAAAGGGGACAGUUGGCCACUUACAAAAGGAGUAAUGUAUUGUGGGUGCAAGUGGUAGCGUAGUCUUGGAUGACCGAAGAGGCCCUUCUAAUCUGUUGUCAUGCCAGAAACUAUUUGUGGUAGUCUAGUUUUCCUUCUGGAUUGUGUGCUGGCCAGGUGGUCCUUUCCUUGUGGAAAGCCUGUUGCAGUCUUUUUGCUACAGUGAUAAUGAAUGCCUCCUCUCCCCUCAUCUAAAAUGCUCUGAAGUGUGUUUUGGUUUUUUAAAGUUUUUAUUUUAUUUUAUUUUUUUCCUGUUCUUUGUCACUUAUGGUUGGCACUGAGUUAUGUACCGGCUCGCGGUCUGUCUUCUGCAGUGUUGUAGUUCUGUGAUUCAAGGCAGUGUGUUCUGAAAAGCUCUUUCCUGUCACUACCGUUGUGUGUACUCAGCCAGCACCUGCGAUUCAAAGAGAAAACCUGAAAUGUCAGCAGCUUGUCAUCAUUUUAUAUCUCGGGCUGAUUGUCGACCUCUAUCUGUGCGUAUUUCCUGCUUGAGUAGAUUGUGUAUCUCAACAGAAGAGAGGAUAACAUCCUGAAGCUGCUUUUUUGUUUGUUUGAUUGGUUUGGGGUUUUUUUCCGAUUUUUCUCAGGAAUAGCUAGAGUUUCAUGCUAUAGACCUCCUUUAUAACCUGGUUUCUAAUUUGAAAAGAUGAAAUGUUUGCGUGUUUACUACUAACUCUUCUUGCCCUAUAUUUUUUGUAAAGCACAGCUUUCAAAACUGCAGGGUGUAAAGUGAAGCCUUUGUUCAAGCUACGGGUCAGAUACAUGGCAGUUGAAGAAUGGAUACUCUGUAACUGGAAGACUGUAUAGGUAACUGCAUAUGGCAAUAACAGCCAUACACAAAAUUACACUUAACAAGCACCUCUCUGCCUACUGAUACAUAGCAAACCUUUGUACAAACCGGUGACCACUGGAAAAAAAAGAAAAGAAUCUGACAGCAGUAAUGUAUUCCGUUCCCCUCUCUCCUCUUCCCUUCUAAAAUUACUGCUUUUAGAAAUAACCAUAGGGACAAUGUUUUAUUUAUUGAUCAGGUUAGAGCAAUGCAUGUCAGAUGUCUCUGUGCUAUCUGUGUACAGACAAGGGUGAAGCAGAUGGUAAUUGAUUUUUCGCAGAGGAUCCAAGCAUCUCUCUAGUUUCGGAUUUUCUGAAGUGAAGAUUGAAAAUUUGCAAGAAAACUAGAACCUUUUGUUUAAUGAAAAUUAAUUGUUACUUAAUCAAACUGUCAAAGAAAAAAAAGUUAGUGGGUUUUUUAAUAUCCUUCUGUAUUUUUCCAGCUUUCUCAAGUCUUUCAUUUGCAUCUUUUAAAGUGUUUCCUACCUUAAGUGUUUUUAGAAUAUUAUCUUUUUUAGCUUGAUAUUUGUGAAGAUGAUGAUCUCCUGGUGUAUUUUGUAUGACUAUCUGAGAAGAGGAAACCCUUACAUGUCUAACUUUUUAAAUGGACUUACCCAUUACAUCUGUAAUUUGGACUAAUUCUCAAUGUCAGACAUGGACAUUUUUAAAAAAUUUGGAGUACCUAUUAAAAACUAGAUUGAUCCAAACAUGCUUAAUAGCCUUUCAAAAAAGUAAUUAAUGAGGGUGUGUUUCCAGAGCACUUUAUUUGCAAGGAUUCCUUCUGUCCCAUGUUAUGACCUACCACGUGUCUGGGCCUUUGCCAUCAGUCCUUUUUCCAUUCAGUUUCCACAGCUGAAUGCACGUGAAUAUAUUUUGCUGCACAUUAAGUUGAUUGAGCUGUGAUUGAGGACCGUUCCCUGUUGUAACUUCACCUUUUAUCAUCCUCAUGAUAAAAGGGUUACACUACAAUGCCUCUGUUGUUAGACAGGUGGAGAAGCCCUGUGAAGAGGCAGCACGUGGUCUGUUUGUGGAAGAACCAUCGUCUGUCAGCUGUCUGCCUGGAGGAGCCGAAGCAGACCCUUCCCCGUGGAGGGAGCGCAGCUCUUUGCCAGUGCCCCAUCAUGUUUCCAUACCCAUAAGCUCAGUGGUGGAGACUUCUAUGUUAGCUGUAAGUGUUAGUAUCGGGUGUCCUUUGCUGCGUGUCAAGUGAGUGUGAUUAGAUUCCCAGCAGUGUCCAACCGCAAUGUGUCAUGAGUGCUGCACUCAGUGAUGGGGGGUUUCCGUCCUCUGAGGGCAAGUACAGCUUGUACCUUCAGCUAAUUUGAUUCUUUGGGAGGCUUCUCUGCGGAGUCUGGUAGCUGACGCUGUUGGCUAAGUGGCCACGGCAAUACCUUUUCAUGUUAAAUGCUUUCUAUGAAACCUCCCUCAGAGGAUUUCCCUGCGACAAACACAUGUAAAUAGGAUCAAAGCUGACCAUCCACUGUGUUUACACUGAUGUUCAUUUAACCGUUUAUUGAAUCCACCAGUUAAUCACCAAACUGAUUUGUGUUUUGGAGCGCUGGCUGGAGGAGACCGGGGGUGUCUGGAGUGGUGGUGCAGAGCGGCUGCUAAUUUUCUGUGAUGCCUCAGCUCUGUCAGAGCCUUCCUGGCUAUGGGCGAUACCCAUAGCAGACGCUGGAGAACUGGCUCCACAGCCUUUCCACAUCCUUCCUGGGGCUGAGCCCUGCA